AUGAUCGACCACGUCACCAAGAAGAUCGGGUUCCUCAAGACCACCGCAAUCGGCGGGCUGGUGUUCCUGCUGCCGCUGAUCGUGAUUGGGUUCCUGCUCGGGCAGCUAGCGCCGAUUGUGCUGAGCAUCGCCAAGUUCCUCAACGAAACGCUCGGCUUCAAGACCGCCAACGGCUACCUGAUCCUCCUGGGGCUGUCGGUCCUGGUGAUUGUGCUGCUCUGCUUCGCCGCCGGCAUCGUUGCGAGGUGGACGAUCGGGCAGCGGAUUGGCGGAUUCGUUGAAAGGAACCUGACGCUCAUCUUCCCGAGGUACUCGAUCUACAAGGACCAACUCGCCGGCGGCCUCGACGCCGACGCGCUGCGAGGCCGCAUGAUGCCCGCGCUGGUUCACCUUGACGGGGUUACCCGCCCGGUGCUGGAGAUCGAGCGGUCGCUGGGCGGCAAGGUGACCAUUUACUUGCCCGGUGCGCCCGACCCGUGGAGCGGCACGAUCGGCUUUGUCGACGAGACCCAGAUCACGCCGAUCGAGACCGACUUGGGUGAGUACCUGAAUGGGGCUGCACCGCCAGCGGUCCCCGCGUUUCCGGGCGCCGAGGGGUACGGAGCCUCCACUCCCGGCGGGCGAGGCGGCAAGGUGAUCGCGGUCACGAACCUCAACGCUUCCGGUCCGGGCAGCCUGCAGGCUGCCUGCAGCGAGAAAGGACCGCGGAUCGUCGUGUUCCGCGUCGCCGGCACGAUCGACGGCAACGUAAAAAUCAAGAACGACUACAUCACGAUCGCCGGUCAGACAGCCCCGGGCGACGGCGUCACGCUGAAGGGCAACAUCGCCAUCGACGCCAACCAUGUCGUGAUCCGGUACCUGCGGGUGAGGGCCGACAGCAGCGGCGACGCGGUUGGCUGUCGGUACAAGCAUCACAUUGUUCUUGACCACCUCUCGGCGAGUUGGAGCACCGAUGAGGUGAUGUCGGUCUACCACUGCGAGGACGUGACCAUCCAGUGGUGCCUGAUCAGCGAGGCCGGCUCCGAGUCCCACAAGUUUGGAGGGAUCUGGGGCAGCAACCGAGGAACCCACCAUCACAACCUGUUCGCGAACAACUACUCACGCAAUCCUCGCUUCGCCUCUGGUGGGGGCUUGAAUGACUUCCGUAACAACGUCAUCUACAACUGGCAGCACCAGAGCAUCUACGGCGGCGAGGCUCACCAGCCGGGCAACGAUCGUUUCAGUUCCUUCAGCGGAAACCUGAUCGCGAACUACUACAAGGCGGGGCCCGGCACCCAAGAUGGGGUCAGGAGCCGCAUCCUCGACCCCUCGACCCGCAACGGCGAGGCGGACGCGGGCCAGUGGUGGGUGUCCGAUAAUUUCGUCGCGGGCUUUCCCGAGGUGACCGCCGACAACUGGAAAGGCGUCACCAAGCAGGACGACCAUUUCCGGCUGAGCGAACCGUGGCCCGCCAUGCCGAUCAAGCAACAGACGGCGGAACAAGCCUACCACGCGGUGCUCGAGCAGGUGGGCUGCACGCUCCCCACCCGUGACGCGAUCGACGCCCGGAUAAUCCGCGACGUCCGGAACGGCGUCGGUUCUCGGGGCGAGAACGGGUUCGUCACGAAUCAGGAGGAAGCCGGCGGGUGGGUCGAGAUGAAGACGGGCCAGCCUCCAGCCGACACAGACAACGACGGCAUGCCGGACCAGUGGGAGGUCACGUUUGGACUCGACCCCCACGACGACGGCGACAACACCCAAGACAGCGACAACGACGGCUACACCAACGUCGAAGAAUACCUUAACGGCGGCGACCCCACUCAGUACGUCGACUACACCAUCGGAGCGGCGGCGUUCCUGUGGGGCGGCGUGCUGCCGGCGUCCGAGAAGCCCCGCGUCAUAGUCACGUCCGAUGGAGAGAUUGACGACGAGUGCUCGCUGGUAAGGUUCCUGCUGUACGCCAACGAGUGGGAUGUCGAGGGCAUCAUCACCUCGAGCUCGCAGUACCACUGGCGGGGGCACCGCUGGGCCGGUGACGACUGGGCCGAGCCGUACCUGCAGGCCUACGCCGAAGUGCAACCCAACCUGGUCAAGCAUGACCCCCGUUACCCCACGGCGGAGUUCCUGCGGGCACGCACGCUGCUAGGCAACGUGGACGCCGAGGGCGAGAUGGAGAAAACAACGCCCGGGUCGACCCGCAUUGUCGAGGUGCUGCUUGACGAUUCAGACUCCAGGCCCGUCUGGCUUCAGGCCUGGGGCGGCACGAACACUAUCGCCCGGGCGUUGAAGACGAUUGAGGAACGCCACCCCGAACGCAUGGCGGAAGUCGCCCAGAAGACGCGGUUCUUCUUCAUCUGGGAACAGGACGACGCCUACCAGAGCUACAUCCGACCGCACUGGGGCCGGUACGAAAUCCCGACGAUCAUCUGCGACCAGUUCUGGUCGAUCGCCUACCAGUGGAACAAGAUCCUGCCGCAAGACAAGCAAGAGUACUUUAAGGCCGAAUGGAUGAAAACGAACAUCCUGGAGAACCACGGCCCGCUCUGCUCGCUCUACAAGGCCCACGUCCCUGGCAGCCACGGCCUGUCCGGCGACACCGAUUUUACCCCUGGCGACUUCCGCUCGGAGGGUGACUCGCCCGCUUUCCUGCACGUGAUCCCGACCGGCCUGCGUAGCACAGAAUCGCCCGGGUACGGUGGGUGGGGCGGCCGGUACACCCGCGUGCGGGGGGCGACUUGGCUCGACCCCGUUCCCGAUCCAAAGUUCGCGUACCCCGCUGGCCGGUGGUACACCCGGUCCGCCUGGGGGCGGAAGUACAUGCGGGACACCUACCCUAAGAGCCAGGACCUGAUGCGAGCCUACUUCUACCCGCUGGUGCGGUGGACGGACGCCGUCCAGAAUGACUUUGCGGCCCGGGCCGACUGGUGCGUCGCGACGUACGCCGACGCCAACCACCCGCCGGUGGUCGCCUCGCCGCGCGCGCUCGAUGUGAGCGUCAGCCCAGGCGAGGGCGUCCCCCUCAGCAUCAAGGGUUCGCGGGAUCCCGAUGGCGACCAGCUCACCUAUCGGUGGUGGCGUUACACGGAAGCCGACACCUACCCAGGCAAGGUGGAGAUUCAGGACGCGGAGAACCAGGAAGCCGCGUUCACCGUUCCGGCCGACGCCGCCAGCGGGGCAACGAUCCACGUCGUCUGUGAGGUCACCGACACCGGCGCCCCGCCGCUGACACGCUACCAGCGAACCAUCGUCAAGGUGAAAUAG